UUGACAUCUUGCAACACAAUCGCCACUUGCUAGAAUGACUCUUGCAGAAUGCAACGUGACCAUAGCACCAACUCACGAUACUCUACGCACAUCCUCUUAUCUACUCACUACCAAUUACCACUGGGAUCGCUUGUCACUCAUUCUGCCUCAGUUCUAGUAGCGGUGACGCAUGCAAGCCUCAGUCGUUUACACUCUUUCUCCCCGGCGUGUAGGACCGCAGCUAACAAUUAUCUCCGUGUGCAUUUCAUUCUCAGCAAUAGCCUAGCCUCCCCGGCGUAUACGACCCAUCUGCUGUCCUUAACAUCAAUCAAUUCAUUCACGGAUGUAGAAGACUCGAAACAACUUCAGAAGUAAUCACGACGAAAAUUUUAACAAAAUUACGCAAUAACAACAAGAUACGAAAACAACAAGUAAACACAAUGAAUCCAAAAAACACCAAUUGAUAUGACACACCACACGUAUACACAAACAGUACACACAAACUCGCGGAUCAUGUCUUGAUAGAAUUCCCUUGAAGAAUCGCAGGACUUACACCAAUACGCCUACAACCCUUCUCAGGU